CGACCUGAAGUUGGAGAAAUCCUGAGCCAUCCCAACUUCUGAGUGCGCCGCCCGUCCUCCCGAGCCCGGGCUGUAGGCGCCCCGGGGGCUCGGGGAGGGGGCGCAGAGGUGGCAAUUUGCGAAGCCGAGCAGCGGUGUGGACGGCGGGACUCGGGGCAUGGCCCAGCUGUCCGUGAUCCCGGGGUCCGCCACUGCGUGGACAGGUGAGCAGGCACCCCGCGGCGGCGACGGCUGGGGGCUCCUCACCGAGGGCGGCCGCAAGGAGACGGACAUGCGGGAGGCAGCGUCGCUGCGGCAGCAGCGCCGGAUGAAGCAAGCAGUGCAGUUCAUCCACAAGGACUCGGCCGACCUGCUGCCCCUGGACGGUCUCAAGAAGCUGGGCUCGUCCAAGGACACGCAACCUCAUAACAUUCUGCAGAGGCGCCUCAUGGAAACCAACCUGUCUAAGUUCCGAAGCAGUCGUGUCCCUUGGGCCUCCAAGACCAACAAACUCAAUCAGGCGAAGUCUGAGGGACUGAAAAAGUCUGAGGAGGAUGACAUGAUUUGGGUUUCUUGCCAGUGUGCUGGGAAGGAUGUGAAAGCCUUGGUUGACACAGGCUGUCAGCAUAAUCUCAUCUCUUCAGCCUGUGUGGAUAGACUGGGACUCAAGGAGCAUGUCAAAUCUCACAAGCAUGAAGGAGAGAAGCUUUCUCUACCCCGGCAUCUGAAAGUAGUGGGCCAGAUUGAGCACCUAGUGAUCACACUGGGCUCCCUCCGCCUGGACUGCCCAGCAGCUGUGGUUGAGGACAAUGAGAAAAACUUGUCCCUUGGUCUCCACACUCUCCGAUCCCUGAAGUGCAUCAUAAACUUGGAUAAGCACCGACUGAUAAUGGGGAAGACAGACAAGGAAGAAAUCCCUUUUGUGGAGACAGUUUCCUUGAGUGAAGACAACACUUCAGAAGCCUAACCACAGCCUGUCUGCACAUAUGCAUAUACACCGGGUUGACAGACUGCGAAAACUGGGUUUGAACCAAAUGCAGUAGCAACUUGGGGUGGACCAAGUCCUUUUCUCUAAUAGAAGCUCCAGGGGCUCCUUCCCACCCAGACCUCUCUAGACUUUAGUCUGUGCUUACAGAUCUUGUCUGGUUAUAGCCAUUGUUUUUUACUCCUUUGAUCGCUUAAUUAAUAGACCUUUUUGACACUGCCAGGUCUCACUUGUGGCCUAUUUCUCUGCUUUCUCCAGAAAUUUGCUUUUAUUAGUCAAGUGUAGGGGCUGCCAGGUUCUAUUUCUCCAUAGAUACACUUUCUUGUUUUCCUAUAGCUAAAAUGUUAUACUAAAUAGGAACCUGACCUUUACCUCCCUUUAGCUGUUUCAGAGAGGUGCAGGAUAUCUAUGUCUCAAAGUUAAAAUUUUCCUAAUUCGUUCAUUGAUUUCUCAAGUAUGAAUUGAUCUGAAAUCUGAAAGAGCCCAGUGAGAUAAGCUUAGUUCGACCCUUUAAUUUAAAGAUCCAGAGAAACAAGUGAAUUGUCUAAGCUCAUAUAAGCUGAGUCAGUGGCAAAAGGGACCUAGAACUCAGACCUGACAAGCCAAGGCUAUAUUCAUUCUCCCAUGCUGUUUCAUUUGUCUUCAAGCCUUAAGGAGUAGAAGAGGCGAGGGUUUGCAAAAAGGCAGGGUAGGGGAAGAAUAUACUUUAGGAAUAGGUGCUAGGAGGAUCUGGAUAGCCCUCCCUCUGGUGUACUAAGCCAUUAAAAGUCCCCUGCCCCCAAGCUGUCACAUUUAGGCCCUUAUCUUGCUGCCUAAAAGCUGAGGGUACAAAGAUAAAUGAGUAUCUUUUACCUUGAACUUCUUGGAGGGAAGAGGGGGAAGGAACCAGAGACAGAAGAACAUUGAUUGCUUUCUGAGAUGGAAUUGAAGGCUUCAGAAAAUAAGCUGGGCAUCAUUGUCAGAAAUGGAUACUCCUAAGACCCAGUCACCAUUUCUGCAUAGCCUAUUAUUUGUCUGCUCUGGAGUCAAGUAGCUGGGCACAGGAGUAGGAAAAGAUGACAAAACCCAGAGCAGAGCCAGAAUAGAAGGGAGUACUAGGCAGAACCAAUUGGUGGGAAGGCCUACAUAGGGAAACCUUUCUGGGAUGGAGGUCAGGAAUGAAACUUCCAGGUAGGGAGGGUUGGGAAAUUCUUCAGCUCUGUCCUGGUACAAGGAAAGAGGCAGGGCAGGAUUAAGGACAACCUUUUCUGACUGCCCAGUAUUUCCUGACCCCUCUCAAAGGGUUGGAGAUCACAGGGACUUCUUGAAGCAUUUUUGUUGGGGUGUCAGCUUGGGCGUACAGAUACCUAUAAUGGAAUUUCACCUUCAAUUUGGUCAUAGAAGUGCUUGGAGAAGUCAGAAAAGUAGCCAGCUGUGAGGUUCGCAAGUCUAUCCUUGAUUCAUAGCUAUAGUUCCCAGAGUAUUUAAUGGAUCCCACUUUGAACUUUGCCAGGUCCCACCAACAAUCGCGUCUAGAGUUCAUCUGCUGUCCCUACCGAACAGCUCAUCGGAACUCUGAAUGUUUUUAGCCUCACAGAAGCUCCCUAAAGACUAGAAGCUUGGUGAUCCUCAUUUGUACUGCAGCCACUUGUUCCUGGGUCAUCCCAGGCCUCUUCCUUAUUAGUCCCUAUAGAGGAAGUAAGAUGGAAAACUAACUGUCACAGUAGAGGAGUUCCCAUUCGAAGCUCAGCAAGGGUGAUCCCAGGUUACCAGACUUCAAUGCCCCCCCAGCUCCACUCCAUCUUCUUACCCAGGGAAGACCUGUGUCUUUCCAUCGAGGCUUCUCCACUCUCCUUUCCUACCUAUCAUGGCAUCACUCGGGCCUGCUUCUUAUCCUAGGACUGAGUUGAAAUGCUUCACCCCUUCCUUCCCUAGUUGAAAGUUCCACUUAAGUCUUGACUCUUGAUCAUAGGUGAGCAUGUUGGAAGUUCCUUGACCUGGUUUAUCCUUGUUUGGAUUCCCUGUGGACCAGUGAGACCAGGAAUUCUCAGAUGCUGGAAAGAUGUGACUGAUUCUCGCCCUUUGAGUUCAGGAUUAUGUGGCAUCAGGGAUGAUCAGAUGGCCUUUAGUGAUCUUUCUGGCCUCUGAGAAUCAGUGAUUUUCCAAUUUUGGAAUGGAAAGAGUUGGGGCCAUCUGAGCUUAGGGUAUCAUAAUCUUACUCAGUGCAUCGAAAUUAUUUGAAUUCAUUAACCAAAUAAUUGUGCUUUAAACCACAGGCUUGAUAGAGUUAUCCAAAAAUGUUUAAUGACAAUUAUGGGAAAUCUUGAGCUUUACUAAUCUUUAAAUGCUGCUAAGUCGAUUACUCCAAAAGCCCUUGAUAUUCAUUAGAGAGCACUGGGUCUGCUUUUUAGGGGCUGGGAACGUAAGCAGGUAAGGUCAGUUCUUCCCAGAAUUCCAGGAAAUAUCUCCGGUGCCUCUGAUUGAGGGUGUAGGAAGAGAGUGUCUACAUAGGUCACAGUUCUGAAGAUAGGCAGUAGCAAGAAGUAACCCUGGAGAACUGGUACUCUUCUCAUUCCUUACUAGAUGUCCAUCUCAAAAACAGAAAGUUUGGAAAAUACUGUUUUCGUCAUUUGGUGUUUCUAUGCCUGACUAAUUUGAGAAACAAAUGAUUUUGACUUUUCUAUUUCCUUGCCUUGCACAGAUUCCACCUGGUAAGAUUUUCUACUCCUAGCUCAAAGUGUCUAUUGAAUAGAUUGCUUGGUAUGUCAACUGACCGCACUCUUGUGUAAUAGAAAUAUCUUUCCAGGUUGGAGACAUGGAGGAGAUGAACUGGAUUGCUCCCUCCUUCUGUAGCUAGGCUUCUGCAUUGGCACUUUAUCUACUCAGUGUUUCUGGCUGUGUUGGGUUUAUUUGUGAGAUCGAUGUAAAAAUAAAGUGAAAUCUUCCCCUCUG